AUGUCUUCCUCCGGCGGCCACCAGCACAGCCAGAGCCGGGCCAUCCCCACCAGGACGGUGCCCAUCAGCGACACCACGCAGCUACCUCAUGACUAUUGCACCACGCCCGGGGGGACCCUGUUUUCUACCACUCCUGGAGGUACCCGAAUCAUCUACGACCGUAAGUUUCUGUUGGAUCGCCGCAAUUCCCCCAUGGCUCAGACCCCACCAUGCCAUCUCCCAAAUAUUCCAGGAGUUACCAGUCCUGGUACCAUGGUUGAGGAUUCCAAAGUGGAAAUAAACAAUCUGAACAAUCAUGACAGGAAGACUGCAAUGGGGGAUGAUGCUCAGUUUGAGAUGGACAUCUGAUUACCCCAGAGCAUAACCAUGGAGAGGCAGCAAUUCCUGAUACCUGUGCAUACUCGAUUCUGCUAAUAGGAUCAGUAACUGAAAGGUGGAAGAGGCAGCGGUAGCAGCAGUCUCCAUCAGACUCCCCACCUCAUCUUCCAAGUGCCAAAGGAUAAGAAGACUAGCUCCCCAAUCCUGCUCUCCCCCCCCCCCUUUUUUUUUUUAACUCCCAUCUCCCUGCUCUGUGACUGAAUGGAUGCCCGUGUCAAAUUAUACAGAGCUGAGGAACACUCCAAGUGGAACCUUGGCAUCUCGCACUUUAGAGGCACCCUGUCAAACCAUACGCAAGUGAGAACGUACCUCCAUCACCAAUUGGAUAUUUAUUGCAAACAGCAAAGGGGCCAGGGACUAGUGGAUUUAUGCUCAGUGGAGAUGGCAUUUUCCCUGUUCCCCUCCCUUCAGCCUGAUCCCAGCUCACAAAGGGCUUAUGUGUGCACAGCAAGUAACCAGUUGUAAUAUGGUGUCUCAAAUACUUGCGAUCACUCGCAUUUUAGAAACUGCAAGGAAUAGUGGGAGACAGGUAAGAGUCUCUGCUCAGUCUGAGUUCCUUUUCCUCAGUGGCCAGAGCACUCACUUGAGUAACUCUGGGGGAACCUGGGUACUAGUCCCACUUGUGACCUGUCUCCAUGACUCUGUGUUCCCUGCAGUGUAACAUGUUCUCUUCUGGAGAAGCAUAACCUUAAUUCAUUUGCUCCUGUACCUCCUUGGUUUCUAUCCCGCUGCCAAACUUCUUUUUGAUGCUACUUCUUAAUGUUGUGUGUAUUUAGAGGAAGCUGUCAGUUCAUUAUACUGCUGAUCCCUCCUCUUCCUUUCUUUCCAUCCCAAAGGAACGCUACCCAGAACUUCUCACUUUCGGAAACUUAACCCUUUAUUCCCUGAGUACUUUGAGUGAGUCCAUCAAUGCGAAAUCAAAACUUUUUUUUUCUAGGAUAUGGGGGAUGGGUAUCUUAUUAUCCUCAGGACUUCCUCCAUUUUUGCCCUUGUUAGUGUUUCCUGAUUUCUUUGCUGGUUCACCCUGUAGACUGUUGUAUUGAAGGUACUGCAGUAAUGGUUAAUUUCCAACAUCCCCCAUGUCUCUUGCAUUAGGAGGAGUGUUUUUCCCCACUAACAGUUUUAAUGAAUACACUUAUUAAAUGUUUAUAGUUUCAAUUUUAAGACCUCCCAUCUGAAGGGAAAAAGCAAAUGUCAACGCUUCUCAUCUUACACCAUCCUUCCAUUCAUAGUUCACUGUGCUCCUGUCAUUCACCGACUCCAUUACUUUUCCUCCAAGUUGUUGGCAACUUUUAUGUUCACUGCUGGGGUGUAUAUUGGCUGACUUGUAAAAGUGAACAUUCGCCUGUGUGGGUCAUUUUUGGUUCCACACUGUCCAGGGCUGCUUCUGUCCAUAUCUUGCCAAAGGGAUUAGCUGGACUACUGUGGAUUUUGACAGGAAUGUGAUGCUUCUGGCCAAUUCCUGUCUGGCCUUGCCACUUGAAAGUUCUUGAUGGGUUUGAUUUAGUUUGCUGAGGGCAUCGCUCAAACUGUAGCUGGACUUGUUUCCCAUUGCCCCGCUAGCUGGGAGACUGUGUAUCUGGCAUGUGAGUCAGAAAUUUACACAGCUCAGUUAUAAAUUGGAAAAGACCCUGUUUUCUCUUUUGGUAUGCAAAAGGGGCGCUUUCCUGGUAAAAUAUUUCUUUGGGAAAGGAAGGUUUCCUGAAAAACUCUCAUUUUUCCCUCUUCCCUUCAACAUGUAAAUAACACAGGAACAAAAACCCUUUGUAAUGUUUGAUCUCACACUAAAGAGUCUAUUCCUGAAUCUGGGAAAUGCAGAGUUUCCUUAAAGCUUGGUGAUGGCCAGAGAAGUGAUUAAAACUAUAUCUCUAUGUCCUGUAUUUAUUCUCUGGCAUUAUGCCACCUCUGUUUAGUAUGAAGGAUGCUAUAGAAAGCUCAGUUUUACUUUCUCUCUCCCAGAUCCAGUUUGUUCAGUUCAGAUAUUUAUAAAGUGCACUGCGAGUUCCUCCUCAUGUAGGAAACAGUUUGACCUUUUUUUUUUUUUUUUUUUCCUUUCCCAUUCUGCUUCAUGCAUCAUCACUAACAAUAGUUUCUGGAAUUUAGCAGGCAGUUUUGUUGAUGAGGCAGAACAGAAUCCAGAUUUGCUCUGUAGUGCUGAUAAUAGUAAAAACUUGGGUUUGUCAGUGAACUAAGCAGAGUUGAUUUGGGAGAAACAGGAAGAAGAAAUGGGCAGUGACAAGGUAUUGUUAGUCACUUUUCUCAUCAUAGUGAUACGUUUUGUUUUGUUCGUAACUUCUCAACUUUUCAAAGCACUACCCAGGGGUUCAGCUAUUUGACUCUUUUAUAACAAGAAUUGUGCAGCUAAAAUCCUGUUGCAAAACUGAAAAUUUAUCCUUAAGUGUACAGUGCAACAAGAGCUUCCGUUAUGCAACAAUCCUCUUAGCUGUCAGCCGGAGAAAUCAUUCUGACUGCUGUCAACUUGAGAUGUAUUUUUUAAAUUUUUUUUAAAUACCCAAGGCAAGAAACAAGCAUCCAGAGAGGAAAGAUGGUCUGGUGGUUGAGGCAUUGGAGUAGGAUUAGGAAAAUCUGGGAUUUGUUUUUGGCACUGCCACGGUAUUCCUGUGUGACCUUGGGCAAAAGACUUAGUCUCUCUGUGCUUUAGUUUCCCCAUCUAUAAAAUAGGGAUAACAGCACUUUCCCAUGUCACAAGGGUGUUGUGAGGAUAAAUUCAUUAGUAUUUGAGAGACUGUCAGAUACAUUUUUAUGCUUUCCUAUAACCCCUAUUUGCACUGUAUGUUUUUAAAAAAGCACAGGAGGAUGUCAUGAAAGUGGAGAUCGUGUUAAAAGCACCAGCAUUUUGUGCAGUGACGGGUCUCUACUGUCUUGUGCUUUAUCUCUUCUCCCCCCACCCAGCUCCCCUGGACAUGCCAUGGUGCCAUGAAAAAUGGUGACUGAAUAAAAAUAGUGCACUCAACAAACUUUCUCACUUUGCUAGUCAGUUUGGAUAGAAUUCUCACCUAUUUUGGUCAGUGCAGUGUCCUGUAACCUUAAUGCCCUGUAAAAAGCAAUUCCACACGGUCACACUCCCACACUCUCACUUUCAGUUUGAAUUUAGAUUUUGAUUAAAAUCUGCAUUUCUGUGCCUCCUGCUGCUGAUUGCUCUCUUUGGCCAUCAGUUGCAUCUGUGACUCCAGCAGUGUGGGGUGGAACCUAACGUACCUUCCACCUUGGUGUCAUCCUAGUUGAACAAUCAGAAUCUGAAUUCAGUUGUUUGCCAUUUAAAAUGGCACCAUCAGGUUAAAAACAAUUUAUUUUAAACAUGUCGUGUCUUGUUUGUUAAUAAAACCAGUACAAAAUAUAAUUAAUGUAUUUUUAUCCAUUAAUAAUUCUUGUUUACUAUUUCCACUACACUUAGCUUUGGAACAUAAGAACUGCCAUUCUACGCCAGACCAAAGGUCCAUCUAGCUCAAAUAUCCUGUCUUCCAACAGUGGCCAGUGCCAGGUGCCUCAGAGGGAAUGAACAGAACAGAUAAUCAUCAAGUGAUCCAUCCCCUGUUGCUCAUUCCCAGUUUCUGGCAAACAAAAGCUAGGGACACCAUUGCUGUCCAUCCUGGCUAAUAGCCAUUUAUAGACCUAUCCUCCAUGAACUUACCUAGUUCUUUUUUGAACCCCGUUAUAGUCUUGGCCUUCAAAAUAUCCUCUGGCAGAAGUUCUACAGGCUGACUGUCCAUUGUAUGAAGAAAUACUUCUGUUUGUUUUAAACCUGCUGCCUAUUAAUUUCAUUUGGUGACCCCUAGUUCUUGUGUUAUGAGAAGGAUUAAAUAACACUUCCGUAUUUACUUUCUCCAGUGAAAGUGGAUAAUGAAAAUAUUCAGUUAUUUUAUGGUUCUUAAGCACCACAACUGCAGGAUAACACUUAAAUCCAAUCUAAAUGCUCUGUUUGUUAAAACUGAAGGAAAGGUGAUGAUGAAAAUGUUCAGUUUUGUAAAUUCUUUAUUUUAUUAAACCUAAAUUUUGCAUUUACAUUCUUGUGUCCCAGAAAUUACAGGUCAGAUCUUUCCCUGCAUUAGGGCAGCUUUGUAUCACUCCAUCAGUGCCCUUUUUAACCAGUUUUAGGCUGCUUCAGGAUUCUCCAUGCAUAGUGAGGUCCUUCGGUAGGUGCAGAGCCAUCAGAGCAGUUCCUACACUCGCGCCCCCCCCCCCCCCCCCCGCAUUCAGCACAGGGGAUGAAGUUAAGGUAACCCUUGGCUCCUGUAUUGGCCUCUUGAUAGCUAAAACAAGUUAGAGUAGCCCUUAGACUGCUCUAAUUUGUGCUUUGGGACUAGCUCAGAGAUUGGGGAACAGCUCCCUCUUACCUAAUAUGAUCAGCUUUAAUCCUUAUUUUUAACCAUUAAAACACAGGGCCUGGAUGAUGCACUGGGUUAGUGCAGGAACCUAUUCACCUUCAGGGACCUGGGUUCGGAUUCUGUCUCUGACCAUAAGUAAAAAUGAAUCUAGCAGGUUCAUCCUAAUUCCUACUACUCCACUUCAUAAAACUGCAACCCAGUAGCUUGGUUUAUGCUAAGGGAAUUCCAACCACUUGUCAGUUUGGCUGGAGCUGUCAUGUAGAUUAGACUCCAGGUGCCCUGAACCAUUUUUACUGAAUUCAUUUCACAACCUGCAGAACACUUUUUUUUUUUUUUUAAACCAGUUCAGUGAACAAACAAUUCAAACUGUCUGGGGCCUGGUCUACCUUACGGCUCCAACUGGUUUCAAAAUCGGUUAGCUGAACUAGUUUUAAAACCAGUUAAGCUUUUUGGGAAAACUUGCCCAGCAUAGAUCAGACCAGUCUGGGAUGAUGGGCGGCUGCUGCUCAGGAGAGAGACAGGAUGAAACUACUGAGGGGGGGAUAUCGGCAGAGCUGCUUGAAGGCAAACUAACAGUCUUGCUCUGUGCCUGGCUCUAGCUAGGGCUCUUUGUCUCCCUUCCAUGAGUAUCAAAUUUUGACACUUUUUUUUUUUUUUAAACCAAGAUGGAGAUGGAUGUACUGUUACUGUAUCCUUCCCUCCAGGACUGCUGUGGGCACACGUGGAUGGUGAUAGAAAAUGCUAUAAGAUGUCUGCCUGCCUUGGUUUCAUUAGCCUUAGCCUUUUCCAUUGUGGCAUUGUUCCUGAGCAGCACCAGGCCCAGAGCCAGCCCUGCCCCUAAACACUCCUUGCCUUGAGAAAAAUAUCACAUUUGAAAACCAAACAAAACAACCCUCUUGCCUCUCAAAUGACCCACUGUCCUGGCUGGCGUGACCAAUUUUCCCAUUAGCUUUGCUUUGGUCCUUCUCCAUGCUGAUUUUCAUUUUGAAGGGGUUUAAAUACUGUGGUUUCUUUUUAAAAUGAAUUAAACUGAACAAUAACACAGGGAACUCAAAGAUGCAGUGUUGCCUGUUUAGACUUGAUUAGGUUUAAAUUCAUUUCAUCUUUACUCUGAGGAAGGCGUGCAGAGCUUUGAAAGAAGGAUCACAGCUUAUGUAAGAUGACCCCUAUUGAUUGAUGUAGAAUAAUAGUGACUUACGCUAUAUAGAAAGAAACCUGCAGUGAACCUUCACAUCUGACAAUGACCAUCAUCUCACCUUGAUUUUCCAUGUAACCAUUGUCAGUUUUUCCUGAUUUUGAGUUUUAUGCUUUUAGUGAAAGCCCAGGCUCUAAUCCUGCACAGCACCGAUCACUGUGCUGGUGUGAAUCCCCACUGAAGUCAGUGGGGCUCUGCACAGGUGCUGGAGUCUGUGUUAACAUAACAGAUUGCAGAAGAGGGCCCAUCUACAGCAUGGGAUGGGGAAGGGUUUCUCCAGGGGGUUUUGUUUCCUAGAGGUAGGUUAAGGAGUGACAUUAAAUCCAAAACAAUCUGUUAAAUCUUCUUGCAAAUAGUAUCAUGUAGCUAUUUUUGAUGCUGGUUCGUGUGCUGAAUUGACUACACUGAAAGCAGCAUUCCUCUCUGUGUCUGAGUAAAGGUCCAUUUAUGAAAAUACUUGCCAGCUGAUUUACAGUGCCAAGAGCAAUGGGAUAAUUACCAAUAAGCCUUUGUCACAAGUGUCCAGGGUGUACAAAGCUUUAAAAAAGUGGUGGUUUCCCUUUUAAGCUUUGGUAUCGGCAACUGAGCACCUUUGUGACAGUCCUAAUGCAUGCUUCCAUUUUGAAUUAACUCUGCUUAAUCAUCUAAUUGUUCAGUCUGUGUAUACAGUAAUUCUCCUCUGGACCUGUGUGCCAGUUCUCUGAAACUGACCUUGGGGAGAGGAGGGAAGGAUAAAAUAGCUUCCAGUUACACCCUGCCCAGUGGGUUUCUAUUUUGCAAUGAGCAUUCUCCUUUCAUCUCUAGAUAUUAGGAGUCAAAUGUGGUUUAGUUUUCAAAUGAAAUGAGUUGUUGGUAUCAACCCCAUGCCUGGUGGCUGUUUUGGGCUUCUGCACUUUGUAUGACUGGCAGUAUGUGCUGGGAAGCAGCCAGAAGUGCUACUGGUCACACACUUAUUCUUAUUAUAAAUCAGGUGUAUUAACAGAUGUGUGGGAAGCUUGCUCAGCACUUUCGUGCACUCAGCCUUCUGUCUCUCUCUCAUGUCUAUUUGCUGUUAAACAUAUCCUCAUUUCUACCAUGAACACAAAAUGUGCCAGGUGGCAUGGAGCGCAGCUCAUCUUUCUUUCUCCUCUCCCUAGCAGUCUAUCAGCUGAAAAAAUCCCAAAUUUUUGGUACCUUGACCAUUUGCAUUCAGGUUCCAUCAUUUAGAGUCAGCAGCACUGGGCUUCUUUCCAUGCUGUUGAAAAGACAAAUGUAAUUCUUGCAUGUGGGUUCCUUGUGGUGUAAUACUUUAAGGUCACCAGUUUUGCCAUCAGAGGGCACUGUGAUCCUCCCUAGGCUGCUAUCAUCUUGCACUUGGAAUUGACUCUGUCCUUAAGGAAAACACAUUCCUCAUAAUUGUCUUUGUCUUGUUUAAUUUUUCCCAGUCUCUAUAUUCAUAUCUAGGAAACCUCUACAUAACCCCAGAACACAUGGGCUUUUUGUUGAUAUCCAGAAUCCAGUCACUGAGACAAACAACAAAAUCCAAACAUCUGGUUGGGAAAGAGUUAACCACUGUUCUUAGCUAAAGAAAGGAGUACUGCAUCUUUGCAGGGACACUGUCAUUCUGUGUGUUUUUAAUUUCAUUUUUCACUUGUAUUUCCGAACUAUUUACCUUGUAAAUUUUGACUGGUAACUUUCCCUUCCCCACCCCCAAAAUUUGAUGGUCUUGUUGAUGUAAAUCAGCCUGGGGGUGUGGGGGGGUGUCUUCUCUGGGUUCACCACCAUUCUCCUCCCAUUGCACCUUCCCUUUUAGAGCUAAUAUUGCUCUUCCACAAUUCCUAGUGCCUGUUCUUUGUUAAUAAUACUGCCCCUGGCUACAUUUGAAAAAUACCACUUUAUGACAAAUCAAUAUUUUCCCCAUUAUCUAAACUCAAAUGUAGUUUUGUAGUGGCACUCAUUUGGCAUCAAAGAUGCAGGGCUUGCCUCUUUUUUGAUAACUGAUUUUUAUAUGAAUGUUUCACUCAGAUUGUUGCAGCAUCUAGUUUUCAGUGACCACCUUUAUCUAUUCUUUCCCCUAGUUGUCCGUCUAGGGAAAACAGCCCUUCCUCUGAACUCAUGCUGGAGGUUUUUGUAAUGCCUUUUGGUAGGGAGGGAGUGAUGUAGUAUAUGUGGGGACUCUUGUAAAGCUCGAUAGCACACCUCUCAAAUCGCCCCUUCAAACUAAAUUCACCCCUCAUUCCACAUGAGCAUGGGAUGUGUUUUCUUUUGUUCUUGUAAAUUAAUCUAAGAAAUUCUGAAUAAUAAAAUUGAGAUUAUAGAAAGAAAUACUUAUUACACAGCAUUAUUUUAAGAUGCUUGUCCUUUGCCUCAGUCAUUGUGACUUAAUCCCACAUAGAACGUUUGGCAGGUUGAGAAGUAUGCUCUGAUAAGUUAUCUGGCAGAAUUGGUUGGCUAUUCAUUAAGUGAGAAAUCUCCACUGGGGGGCAGGAGCAGAGUGUGUGCAAAUAUAAAUGUGUGAGUGGGUAGAUGUUCAUAAUCCACACACAAAUAUAUAAAAAUAAAUUUUUUACUUAAAAUCGCAGGAAGUGUUGUUGGAUUCUUUGAAAGAUGAAGCAGCACAAGGAAGACUAACUUUGCUAAGUACGAAGGGCAAACAGUGGAUGUGUGAAGCCUCAGUUCUAGCAGAGUGAUUCUUCCUACAAAACUGCUCUAAAAACCAAAAUCCAAGGAUUUAACUAACCUAAAACAGGAGCCAAGAGAAACAUACAGCAGGAGUGAACUUUAACCAUUUUGUUAAUCACACCAGUAGUGAAAAAAGGGCAGUGAGCACCUUGGUCCCUACUGACUGGGAAUAAAACAGUGAUUUCCCCAUCCUGCUUCCCAUGUCCAUAUCUGCAUCACUGCAAGAUGGUGACCCAGUGCCUUUCUUCACCUCAGAUAGGAAAACUGUUUGCAUCAUUGUGAAACAGCUUAGCUGAGUUGUGAAGGUGUCUUGAGAGCAUAGAGGACAGUACCAAUCUUAUGACAAUUCAUGGGCGUCUGACAUAUUUAUAAACUCACUGUUCUUAAAGUCUUCAUAAAUUUUAAAAAGUCCCAUUGACACUUUCUUCUUUUCUCCCUUUCCUACCCCAUCCCCUUUCAAUUUUAAAUGUGAUUUUGGCUGAAAAGCAGAGACUGCCUGAAAAGUCAUUGGGCAACUUCUGUACAAUUCAGUUUUUACUGUUCUUGAAACAAACAGGUGUUUGGGAAAAAAAAGCUCUCACCAAUGGUUGCUGUUAUAAGAUCAAUAAAGAUCUUGAUUAUAUUAAA